AUGGAUUCUAAAGCUACAGGACCUGUGACUGAGCUUUCAGGCGAUGAUAUAUACGUUAAAUCACGAUGGAAUAAUGAGUUUAAACAUGCAGAUAUCCUAGAUGAAUCAUAUGAAAGUGAGACCACGGGAAAUGAACUAAUAUCGACAGGUCUCAUUUCUCGCGAACGCAAUUCAAAUACUGCAGUAACUUCUUUACAAACUAACUCGAUGGUCAAAUUUGAUGCUACUAAUAAACAGGGUACACAAGAACCAGGUUCCCUUUUAGAACGUUAUGAUAAGAUACGAAGCUAUAAACCGGAGUGGCAUGCUCCAUGGAAGCUAAACAAGAUAAUAAAUGGACAUACCGGAUGGGUACGAUGUGUAUCGGUAGAUCCAGUAGAUAAUGAAUGGUUUGCAACUGGAAGCAACGAUACCACGAUUAAGAUAUGGGAGUUAGCAACCGGGAAAUUGAGAUUAACAUUAAUGGGGCAUGUGAUGAGCGUUAGAGACAUCGUUGUUUCAAAUAGGCACCCAUACAUGUUUUCAGCUAGUGAAGACAAACUGGUUAAGUGUUGGGAUUUAGAAACGAACAAAGCAAUUAGAGACUUUCAUGGUCAUUUAUCUGGGGUUCAUACAGUAGAUGUUCACCCGACAUUAGAUAUAAUUGCUACAGCUGGACGAGACGCAGUAGUAAGACUAUGGGACAUUAGAUCUAGAGCCGAAAUAAUAAUUCUACCCGGCCACAAGAGUCCAAUAAAUAAAGUGAAGUGUCUUCCUGUAGACCCACAAAUUAUAAGUUGCUCUGCGGAUGCGACUAUAAGAUUAUGGGAUAUAGUUGCAGGCAAAUCAGCCAAAACGCUCACCCACCACAGUAGGAACGUUAGAGAUCUUGCGCUAUGUCCAAAUGAGUUUAGUUUUGCGACUGCCUCAACAAAUGAUGUUAGAUCCUGGAAAUUACCUGAAGGCCAAUUAUUGACCAACUUUCAGUCACAAGAUAUCGGGAUCAUUAAUUCAGUCUCUAUAAAUGACGAUAAUAUUUUAUUUGCAGGGGGGGAUAAUGGUACUAUGUCAUUUUUUGAUUAUAAGACAGGCCAUAAGUAUCAAACCUUUAAAACCCCUGCGGUUACUGGUUCACUUGAUAGUGAACGCUCUGUAUUAUGUAGCACAUUUGAUGUUACUGGCACACGCCUCAUUACCGGAGAAGGCGAUAAAAGCAUCAAAAUAUGGAAACAAGACCCAGGUGCUACCGAGGAAUCUGAUCCUGGUUUGCCAUGGAAUCCAACUUUGGCUUCUCAAAGAUUUUAG